AUGAAUAAUUUCAGGAAAGGAAUUUUUUUCUGUUUUUUUAAAAGUGAAAAUUGUUUUUCCUUUUGUGAUGGAAGGAGCAGAGCCAAUGUACAGUUUGUGGGGAGGAACGUGGGGGGGGAUUUCUGGAGAAAGUGCGUUCGACAAUUUGCCGUAGGUAGAGGAGAAGGGGUAGUGACGAGGUUAAGGAGGUCAUGCAAACGGCGGUCAUCCAAAAGGUUUGGAUCCCCCGGGGAAGUGACAUCGAGGGGGUCUGCACACUUCUUCUCCAGCGUUGGUGGAGAGAAAACCAAUGAAACCGAUUUAGGGGGACAGCAGCAGGGGAAAAGCGCAGAUGGAGAUGAGAUAGCAGAUGUGAAGUGCGGCGUGAACGUACGGAGUAACGGUAGCAGCCAUGAUGAAGAGGAGGGUCAGCGUGAAAGUCAAAGCGACCUCCAAAAGGGGGAGGACAACGUUGACCAGGAGGAUGUUGACCGGGACGAUGUUGACAGGGAUGAUGUUGACCAGUACGCUAAGUCCUUUUACGAAAUCUACGAUGACCAGGGAGACACGCAGGACUGCCCGCACGAGCUUCGCAGGUUCAUCAUAAAGGAACACAUGGAUGUGAAGAUAAAAAUAAAGUGCUCCAGCCCAAGGAACCUGAACAAGCGAGACGUGCAAAACGUCAUCGGUGAGAUGUUCGAGGGGGGUGAAGAAAUCGACUCAGGUAAUGACAUGGCGGACUCAGGAAAUGAGAAGGUCCAAGACGACGCAGAAAUCUACUAUCUCAAUUCGAAUUUCAAAAAUUUCAACUACCCGGAUCGAAACGUGUUGUGGCCCAACCCGCUAGUAUAUAAUCACCGAUUGCAGCCAUUCCUAUUGGAAAGGAAGGAGGACGAAGACAGUAAUACCUUUGACAUGAACAAAAAGUAUAUCGAAGUAAAUAAAAGGAGGCUACAGAAUUUGUGGUCUUACAGUUCCAGUUAUGGAGUAGAUUGGAACACCCUCGAUGCUCUUUAUUUAAAAUUCAAAAACGAGAAGGAGGAACAUUUGAAAAAAUGGGAGGAGCAUAAGAACAAUAUUAUGAUAUAUGCAUCAAGAGUUGCCAAGAGGAAGUUAAUAAACAGUCGAAAAAAGUUACUAGAUAAUCUGGGGAUUGAUUAUUCCAAUAACGUUUAUGCCAAUUAUGAGGACACGGGACAGGUGCAAGAAACGUAUAUGGAAGAUGACCAGGAGGUCGAAUAUAAUUUGUUGUUUCCUCGAUCUGUCUUCCGCAAGUGGACUCGCACGUUGUACUUUUACUGGAAGGACAGGUACAUGCACUACUACGAAGACACCCUGUGCGAUUAUCUGAAGGGAGAAGUGGUGGACUUGCAACUGCUGAGGGAACAGAAUGAGCGGAACCUGCAUUUGUCCGGGAAGAAAAUGAUGAGGGAGCACUCAUUCAGCUUAAGGCCAGUGAAGGGGUCCAAUUUGUACGUUACAAGAUAUAUCCCCAAAGGGAAGCGACGGGUUAGAACCAAUGCCGAUCAAUUUGACUUAACAGGCGUCGGAGAAAAUAUAUAUAACACCGCCCAGAAGGAGAAAUAA